CCCAAAGUUCCCAGCACAGCAGCAUAGCGGCAGAGCAAACAUCAGCAACAAUGGCCGCCUUCCGUAGGGUGGCAUCGUUGGCCAGUAAACUUCAUCUGUGUUCGGUGUCGAGAAACGAAUUCGCCGGUCGUCAGAAUGGGUCAAGGACACGGAGGUGUCUCACUUUCGGGUUGUGUCUUGCGACGGGAGGGGCCGUGGCACUUUACUUCUACGAGGAUGUGACAAACCACAGAUGCUGGAAGAGAAUGGUGACCCCCAGCGCCCACGGGUUCCUACCUUUUAUCCCGGCUGUCGAAGCCAAGGAGAAGGCACAUCCGAUGGACUUUGAGGAUGGAGAUGUUCACAUGUCGUCCCACGAGCAUCGCUUUCGUUUGUUUAGCUCUGUGGAGUAUGAAGGGCAACUGUACAUGACUCCUCAGAAUUUCAUCGAGUCUGUCACCAUGAGUGAGCCAAGGAACAAGAGGCCCUGGAGGUCCCUGACCAAACAGGAGCUGGAAAAAAUCCUGUCAGACACACCCCCUGUAUGGAGAGGAUCGUCCAAAUUGUUCCGCAACUUGAGAGAACGAGGUAUCAUCUCAUACACCGAGUACCUGUUCCUGCUCUGCAUUUUAACCAAGCCCCAUGCUGGCUUUAAGAUUGCAUUCAAUAUGUUUGAUGCAGACGGCAACCAGAUGGUGGACAAGAGGGAGUUUUUGGUGCUUCAGGAGAUCUUCCGGAAGAAAAAUGAAAAGAAAGGAAGGAAGGGGGAUGCUGAGAAGUCUGCACAGUUGAGUAUGCAGCUGUAUGGAUAUCAGGUUGCUCCCAUGAACAGCGUGCUUAAAAAAGACAGUCAAGAGUUUGUGGCGCGGAGUUACUGGGACGUUCUGAGGCGAGGCGCCAGCCAAAUCCUAUUUUCUGACCUGGCAGAGCGUACAGAUGAGAAUAUAACCAUUGACACCACACUGCUGGUCCACUUCUUCGGGAAAAAAGGAAAAGCUGAGCUAACUUUUGAUGACUUUUACAGGUUCAUGGAUAAUCUCCAGACUGAAGUGUUGGAGAUUGAAUUUUUGACCUACUCAAAAGGGAUGACCACUAUCAGUGAAGAAGACUUUGCCAAGAUCCUCUUGCGCUUUACCAAUGUGGAGAAUAUCGGCGCUUACCUGGAAAACGUCAGACACAGCAUACCUGAUGAAAAGGGAAUCACAUUCGAUGAGUUCCGAUCCUUCUUCCAGUUUCUCAACAACCUCGAGGACUUUGCCAUCGCCAUGCAGAUGUACAAUUUUGCUUCUCGCUCAAUCGGACAAGAUGAGUUUGCAAGGGCGGUGUAUGUAGCCACGGGUCUAAAGCUGACACGUCACUUGGUCAACACUAUCUUCAAGAUCUUUGACGUCGAUCACGAUGACCAGUUGUCUUACAAGGAGUUCAUUGGCAUCAUGAAGGACCGGCUGCACAGAGGAGCCAGGGGAUAUAAAGCGAUGGAGCGAGCCACCUCCUUUAAAUCCUGCCUAAAAAGGGAGCUGGCGAGCAGAUAGAGGCGACUCCACAUAUCCUUGACACCUGUGGCCAAGAGAGUGAAUAGAGACACAAAUGGAGGAAGACCAUUAAUAAACCAAGUGGCUUCACGUCAGGAAGAACAUCAUCAUCAACAUCUGAAUAUAACCAGAGCGAUAUAAUCUGAGAAAAAGUAUAUAUAUAUCAGUUAUUUAUGGUGUUUAUUCAUAUAAUUGUAUAUUAACAUUAUUCUCCCGCACUCUAUUUAUUUCCUCCUCCCUUGACUUGUAGAUACAGCUCGAUUUAAUUACACAUGAUUAAUCUAGUUGGCUCUUAAUCUAUUUUACGCACAGAGGGAGAAUGCUAUUGUAAAUUGUCUACCCAAUGUUUGAAGUAAUAAAAUAUCAAUUGUUAAAAUAUAAUGUGCACGUUUCACUGGCAUAUUCAAGAGAGAUGUACUCCUUCAAGUG